UCUAACAUAGCGAAAUGUUGGAUUAUCAUGGAUUUCUGGGAGUGUUCGGGAUGGCCUUUUAUCACGGCCACGGCUUAAAAUAACCAUGACAAACUGAUGAUUUUUUUUAGAUUCGGGGGUUUCCCAAAUUACUUUUAUAAGAGAGGAGACAACUGUAGUUCGUACACUUAAGCCUGCAUUUCGAUAAGUUCUCGGAUCGAAAGUUCAACAUGACAAGCCAACGAAAAAAGAUUUUUUUAUUAGUGCCGAUUCUUCUGGCUCUCUCCGUGAAGAACGCCAACACAUGUACGUCCAAUGAUUUUGAAAGAGCUUCCAAGGCGUGCGUAACUACGUUCGCAAGCAACCUUCGGGAGGCGAAGGAUAAGACUUGCAGGAAUCAUUACGCUGAAAUGCAAACCUGCAUAGGGCGAGCAUUACACAGAUGCAAAAAUUCUUCGGAUUCAACUACUCUUGGCAAAAUAAAUCAAAUCAAACGAGUGGCUGCCGCUUCGGAGGAGUAUUACUGCUCCUAUGGUGGGGUGAAUCCGGAUCCCUUCAAUGGAAAAGUCAUGCAAGGUUGCCGGAAGAAGGCUCAUAAGAAAAUGAGGAAGUGUCCAGCUUCGUUCCAUAAACGAUUCAGCGAUGACAAUGGAAGCACUGCGUUAUGCAGAAAGUACAGUAACCUUAAGAAGUGCGUUAUUAAGGUUGCUGAGAGGUUCUGCCAAAAGACCCCCGAGGUAAAGAACCUGAUCAAGAUAUAUCAAGACCCCUUCAAUCCGUAUUGCUCCGGUGGCGGAGAUGCUAAGAAACCAAAACCAAGAAGUGCCAUUUCAAGCCCUUUUGGCUUGUGUACCAAACGAGAGUACUUGACCAGGAGCAGGGUCUGUCUGGCAGAUUUUGUACAGACCUUGCAAAAAUUUCCCAAGAAACCCUGUAGAUCAGUCUUUAUGGAAAAGCUUCACAACUGUGCGAAAAAGGUCGCUCUCCAUUGCCAUAGGAACGAUACCAGUUAUAAUAAAAAGAGGAUAGAGGCGGGUUUCAAGAGGAGUCGAUCCUUUCAGCAACGUAGAUACUGUGAGGGGACUCAGGUCCAGUUCCCUUACCCAGCGGUAAAGCACGACCAGUGCGGAGAGAGCUACCUUGAGCAAAGAAAAAAAUGUGCAGAAAGCUUUGUGGCUACCUACGUAGCAAACAAAGCAGACAAGUCUUUGUGUGGCAAAUACUUCGAGGCGAAACGUUGUGCGAAGAACGUUACGCUGGAGAACUGUGACGUCACACCGCAGCUACAAGACGACGUUAACUUUAUCUAUGAUGAAUUCAACCCAUUCUGCCGUAAACUUAAAGAUCCUUCGUCUGAAAAAAAGAGACCACGUGAAAAGCCACGUAAAGAUCAACGUAGAUCUGCGAUACAGGAUGUCGAAGGAAAAAUUCUUCCCUCCAGGGGAAAGAAAAUCACAUCAAAGGUGUCAAUUCUUGUAUCAGUACUGUGCUCAGUACUGAGCAUUAUCUCCUAAUUUUUUAAAUAUUUUUUUAAUAGUAGUAGAGGACAUAUUUUAAAUACUAUAGAGAAGUUUCCUUACGUUGUAGAUAAUUCUUUGGUAGUAAAGAGUUUUACAGUUUACAGAAACUUGGAAUUGCCCGCACCCGGUACGAAUUUUUAAGUAAAGAAAUAAAAAAAAAUUCCGUAGGUUUAUUAUAUUAAAACGACAUUUGUAAUUGCCAAUAAUAUUAAUAUAUCUGACUUAAUGUUAUAGUGGCCUGCUGUAAGAGAAAGUAUGAAGUUGUUAUAGAAAUAGCAUUUAUCAAAAUUUUCUCCUAAGUUAAAAACUACAUGGAUAAUAUAAUCGAGAUUCAAAUUGUUUAUGUGAUGUGAAGUACUCGUACUCUAACCAGGGACCGCGCUGCAAGUUUUUGA